CUCUCUCUGUGGAAGAUGUUAUGAAAACCGUGCACUCGUAAAGAUGUAGUUUACAAAAUGCCUGCUGUUUAUUUCCAAGUUUUCGGCUACUGAGGGAUUGCAGUAGGAGCUGUAGUUGACGGUAUGUUGAUUUAGCGCCAAGAUUUGUUCCUUAUAGAGUGUUUUUAGCUGUUUUACUGUGCUGGAUGUUACCGCAUCCUCAGUGCUGGAACAGGGAGCCAUAAUUGAGGCUAAAUCUCACCUCAUGAGUGUGAUUCAGUCAGUCUUCAGGCUCUUGUGUGUCCUGGUCCUGCUCCUGACCACAACUGCUUCUGGUCUUCAUGGAUGUAACAACACACUGAGCCAUGAGUACUGUGUGCUGGGAGCUGGACCCGCAGGCCUCCAGAUGGGCUACUUUCUGUCCAGGAGCCAGAGAGAUUAUAUCAUUCUGGAGAGAAACGCAGGACCAGGCAGCUUUUUCAACAUAUAUCCUCGCCACAGAAAACUCAUCAGCAUUAACAAAAUACACACAGGGAGGCGGAACAAGGAAUUCAAUCUGCGUCAUGAUUGGAACUCCCUGCUGAGUGACAGACCCGACCUCCUGUUUCAGCGAAUCAGCCAAGAGCUUUACCCCAGUGCUGAUGACUUCCCACGUUACCUCUCUGUGUUUGAGAAGGAGCUGGGACUGAAGGUUAUAUAUGGCGCUGAUGUAGGCAGAAUCAAAGCAUCAGAUUUUAAUGGACACCAAGGCUACGUUCUGACUGAUCAAAAUGGUCUCAGUUAUGAGUGCAGGGUCCUGUUAGUGUCCACUGGCCUUUGGGUUCCUCAGCAGGUGGGGUUUCGUGGCUCUGACCUGGUGGAGGGUUACGAGUCGAUUCCCACUGAUCCUGAGGAGUUUAAAGACCAGGCAGUGUUAAUCCUUGGCAAAGGAAACUCUGCCUUUGAGACGGCACAAAGCAUCUUGGGUAGAGCAAGUCGGAUUCACUUGUAUAGUCCAAGCCCAGUUCGACUCGCAUGGCAGACACACUACGUUGGGGAUCUCCGAGCAGUGAAUAAUGAACUAUUAGACACCUACCAGCUGAAAUCUCUGGAUGGCUUAGUAGAGGGCAGACUGGAGGAUAUUGCCAUCGUUCGUAGGGAAAAAAAUGGGAAGAGAAGAGCGGCAAAGAAAAGAAAUCCAACAUCGACAAAGAAAAAUGAGUCACUGUAUUUAACUCUUACUGAACUUCUCGAUGACCACAAUGGUACCAACAAGGUCACUGGUCAAAAUCUGCCUGGUUAUCACACCGAUAACUUCUCACUCAGACAGCCGUAUGACAGAGUGAUCCGCUGCCUGGGCUUCCGUUUCAACUUCUCCAUUUUUGAUGGAUCUGCACGUCCGCCCCAAAGCAGCGGUGCCCGAGGUCGGUUGCCAGGAGUAACAGCUUGGUAUGAAGGCAGAGGAACACCCAACAUGUUUGUUUUGGGCACAGCUGCCCACUCCAGAGACUAUCGCAUGUCUGCUGGUGGGUUUAUUCAUGGAUUUCGCUAUACUGUGCGGGCUGUUUAUAAAUUCCUGGAGCAGCGUUAUCAUAACAUUGCAUGGCCCACUACAAACUUACCCAUCAGUCAGCUGCAGUCCUGGAUACUGAGGAGGGUGAAUGAAGCUUCUGGAACUUACCAGAUGUUUGGGGUUCUUGGGGACAUUAUUUUACUGCAAGGGUCUCACUGCAAGUAUCUGGAGGAGUUUCCUCUACAGGCCCUGCCCCAGCUGUCAGCUUUGUCUGGACAUUCCGUCUCAGAUCAUGGUCUUCUGGUCUUGGUCAUGCAGUAUGGACUGAACCAGACUGAUACUCUUGGUCCGGGUCGGGCUGAGUCAGAAUGGACCAAAGCCUGGAAGUCCAACUUCCUCCAUCCGGUCUUGUACUACUACAAAACACUACCUACAGAUAAAGAUAUGAGGCAGCGUCCUGUUGGCUGGCCACUACCAAGACCUGAGGCCGUUCAUCACAUGGUGGAGGACUUCCUGACUGAAUGGGAUCAACCGAUAUCUCACAGCCAACCUCUUAGACGCUUCCUCGAGCACUGCCUUCAGACUGACCUCAGGGCCUUUUAUGCUGAAUCCUGCUUCCUUCUGUCCCUCACCAGUGGUAAUCCCCCCCUCUUCUGCCACCAAGGGUACUUGAGAAAGCAAGGCAUCGUAGGAAACCGUCACCUAUGGCAACAUGCCCGUGAGGCAGGACUCAUGGCAGAUGCUGCACUCAGCGAAGACGCAUCAGUUACUGAGUAUCUGAAUCACGCUGGCGCUGCAGUCAUUUCAACAGUGAACUUUGACCUUUGAGGGGCAUUAACAAGAACGGUACCAAAGACUCAACACAUUUUAGUUUGUCUACCUCCCACUUUUCAUGGAAUAAUUGUACAUUUUCAUAGAAAUGUCCCACAUGCAGCAUGCUGAGACUUUGAUCAGACAUAAUGAGUAUUGCUUGCCAUAGAUUUUAUAAGCCAAAUAUAGCAGCGUUUUAUAUGAGAUGAUUUUGGUGUUUUAUUAUAAUGCGUAACUUAUUUUUAAUACUGUUGUUAAAGUUUAAACAGGAAAGUAUUUUCAUGGGUCGACACACACAUGAACAUUUAUUUAUAACUACAAUAAACACA